ACACAUGCGUGCAUGCAUUUUAAAUCACCAAGCCAUUAUACAAGGCGUCCGUUCAGCAUCGGCGCGGUUCGGGUUUCACCUAUAAAUACACAGGCACACUCGCUCGCUCUCACACACACGCACACGAGCUAACCCACACGCGGACUACAACAUCCUCCUCGUCCGUCUCCCCGUCUAGGGCUGCUCGAGAGGCAAGGCCAGGCAGGAAUGGUGGUGAGACGCGAAGAGAAGAGAGGAGACGCGCACACAUUACGCACACACCGCCACGCACACGCGUGUUGCGUAGGAGACGCGCACGAGCGCUGCUGACAGGGAGGUCCGCUUGAGUUGACAGGCGGACAAUCUUCGAGCGACAGGCGACUAAAGACGCAGAGAGAGAGAGACCACCACGACGACGACACGCGUGAACGGAGCAAGAGACACGCAGCGAGAGAAGUCGACACAGGAAGACGCGCGCGCGUUGGUUGCGGCUGGAGGAAGGCGUUUUAAGCGCAUCACGAUUUCUACAACAACGAGCACACCACCACCGCCACCGUCACCACCGUCACCACCGAGAUCAUGCCUCCCAAGAAGAAGCCGGCCAACCUGACCAUCAACCCAGGCGUGGUGGAAGCUCCACCGGUCAUCAACAACGAGGGCCUGAGGCCAGAGGGCCCUCCCGCUGCGGCGCACGGGGACUCGGAGGUCGACCACGAACAGCAGAAGCGCCUGGACGCCUUCUUGCACGACAAGCAGAAGGUGGGCGAGCUCAAGGAUGACGACUUCCAGAAGCUGAGCGAGCUCGGCGCCGGGAAUGGCGGCGUGGUCAACAAGGUGCUGCACAGGCCCUCCGGCAUCAUCAUGGCGCGCAAGUUGAUCCACCUGGAGAUCAAGCCGGCGAUCCGCACGCAGAUCCUGCGCGAGCUGCAGGUGCUGCACAAGUGCAACUCGCCGUACAUCGUCGGCUUCUACGGCGCGUUCUAUAUCGACGGCGAGAUCAGCAUUUGCAUGGAGAACAUGGAUGGUGGCUCAUUGGAUUUGGUCUUAAAGAAGGCUCGCAGAAUCCCGGAAAAGAUCCUGGGCAAAGUCAGCAUCGCCGUGAUUCGAGGGCUGGCUUACCUCCGCGAAAAACAUCAGAUUAUGCACAGAGACGUGAAGCCGUCGAACAUCCUGGUGAACUCGCGCGGGGAGAUCAAGCUGUGCGACUUCGGCGUGAGCGGCCAGCUCAUCGACUCCAUGGCCAACUCGUUUGUGGGGACGCGAUCGUACAUGUCGCCCGAGCGCCUGCAAGGCACCAACUACUCGGUGCAGUCGGACGUGUGGAGCAUGGGCCUCUCGCUCGUGGAAAUGGCCAUCGGCCGCUUCCCCAUCCCGCCGCCCGAGCCCCGCGAGCUCGAGGCCAUCUUCGGCAAGGCGGUGGCGGACGGCGCAGGGGGGUCGUCGGCCCCCAGGCCCAGGCCUCCGGGCCGCCCCAUCAGCUCUUUUGGUGGAGGAGGAGGAGCACCGAUGGCAAUUUUUGAACUUCUGGACUACAUCGUAAAUGAGCCUCCUCCCAAGCUGCCCCCGGGCAUCUUCAGCCAGGAAUUCCAGGACUUUGUCAAUAAAACUUUGAUAAAGAAUCCUGCUGAACGCGCCGACCUCAAGACUCUCAUGGCUCACCCGUUCAUCCGCGGAGCGGAGGCGGAGGAGGUGGACUUUGCCGGCUGGUUGUGCAGCACCAUCGGCCUCCAGCCACCCGCCACCCCCACGCAGCCCGCCACUCAGUAAAGACCUCGGCAGAGACUCGCGGAGCCAGAUCCGUGAGCACAUCGAGAUGUAUACGGAGUAGACAGAGACCCCAAUUGACGCAGACUCAUAAGACACAAAAAAGACUCGCGGGACACAGAGGCACACAGCCGAGGAUACGGAGGCCCGCAGACACAUGUCCACGCGCCGCACAAUCAUCCAACCAAAUAGUGCACACUCCAGGUCAAGAGGUCAUCAUGACCGACACACACCAUGACAACAGAAAUGUACGAUGCACAGAGUUGUGAGAAAAUAACCGAGAGCCAGUGUUCCGCAAAAAGAAAGUGAAAAUGGUUAAGUUCAGCAAAUAGUAGCCACAAAUGUAGCUUUAAGAUGGUGGCGACAUCAAAGGUGUGGAUGGGGUGGCUCAGAGGUCCUCGUGCCAGCUGCUGCCUGCGAUUAAACUGGGUUCUCGAGUGCUGAGCUUUGAUGGCCUCAGCCUGGUCACCAAUAGCUGCACUAAAAAACCCAUUGCGUAAUCAUUUGUUUCCGCACUUAAUUUGGCAACAUUUUUGCUCUGAAAAUUGUAACUGUCAGUUUGACUGUCACAAGACAAACAGUGGCAGUGGGUGGGAAAGUGUCACCCUCUACUUAUUCGGACCCGGCGUCCCUCGAAGGGAUCGUAGCGGUAGUUCUGUUACGUCCACUUCCAUGGGCUGUUCUCCUACAAUGGGUGGGGAACCUUUUUUCUGCCAAGGGCCAUUUGGACAUUAAUAACAUCAUUCGUGGGCCAUACAAAAGUAUCAACUUAAAGAUUAGCCUGUUAUAUUUGGUCAAACAUUUAAUUAACUCACCCCUAAUGUGAUGGCUGGAACUGCCAAAUGAUUUCGCGAGCCUGAUACGGCCCACGGGCCGGACGUUCACCACCCUUACCUACAUGGAAAGUUGGGCUGUUCUGCACGAGAUCGGUAUGGAUACUCAAUCUCAUGAUAUGACACCAACAGCAGUUGGAAUUAAAUGAGGUAAAAAGACAAAAAUAAAUCAUGUGGUGGCUACAUCAAGCUGUUUGUGGUACAUGCGGUCUAGCGGAGCGUGAGGCUUCGUGUUAUUGCCGACGUUUAGUCUUUUGUGUAACGUGCUUAACAUUUUGUCUUGGGUUCCAUGUUUCCCAGAUGAUGGUUGUUAUCAGCAGACAGGGCUGAAAUAUUGAAUGGGUGAAGAUUAUGAAUGUAACACGAUGCAGUGUCUAUUAAAAUGUAUCCCUAUGCUCACAAUGCAAUGAAAAUCCACUCUAAUUGUACCCGAUCAUCGAUUACCUACGUUGGUGCAAAUUACAUUGUUACAAUUGGGCUGCUGGAGCUAACAACGGUACAAACGAGACGUUAAAACAAGAACCGAAAAAUGGUGAAUAGAAUCAUAACAACAGUUCGUGACACUUCAUGCGAGUCGCUAGAGGGUGGAAUGUUCUCGUGAACAUAUCCACAAGCGUACACACCAGAGGUCGCAACCGGGUACCCGAUACCCCUACCCUACCUGAUACCCGGCUACCCGUACCCGGCCGGGUACGGGUAGCCGUUUGCGACCCUGGUGCGGCCGGGUACGGGUACGGGUAGGCCGUGAGUCACUGGUGAGUCACCGUUUGUCACUCAUUUCGGGUAGGGUACGGGUAGGGAACGGCUACCCGUACCCGGCCGGGUAUGGGUAGCCAUUUGCGACCCUGGUGCGGCCGGGUACGGGUAAGGAAUCAAAACCCGUUUGCGACCUCUGGUACACACACACAUUGGGACGGAGUAGCAUAACGGCGGUUAGUGCGCUGAACUUUGAACUCGGCAACACGAAUUCGAAUUCUGGCCUCGGCUAACCUUUCUAACCCUUGCAGCGAGUGGCAGCGAAACCGGUCUCGACUCUUGCCACUUCACCAACCCACACAACAACCAGGGUUGGUGAGGUGUGGCCAAGCAAAUCACACGACUGACAAUGCAUGGGGGGGGGGGUAAAGGGCUUCAUCCAGCAGUGAAGAGGCAAUGGUGGUGGGAAUGGCACACAUCGUCAGGGGAACGAGUUAAAACGGCCAGAUUCAAAUACGUUGCGCAACUUGCGGCGACUGCGACAGACCACGUGACGCUCACCUCGUCUCUUGCCACUUGAGAGCUUGGCCACAAAGAUAAAGCAUAAAGUGGGUUUACUUGGUGACCACCGAUAUUAAAACUGUUUGGUUUAGGACUUUUACGACUGGCGAGUGGCGACCUUGGGAUGGGAUCACCCAGUGGGAAGCUUGAACAAGGGGCACAAGACCAGGAACUAAAUGGAUUAGAAUCACAAUGGCCUCUAUGGUUCAAUACAAACUCCCACUAAAGAGCACGAAAAUACACCUCGCAUCCGUCAAUAACAGUACCUUAAAAGAUAUGCAUAAGGCAGUGUUGUUGAUGUUACUGGGUUUAAUUGUGCACCACUACCAAAAUGCUUUUUAUCGAGACGAGAUACAUUACCACAUUAGCAACUUCACCACUGGCCAAAAACCUCGGAGCCGAGUAGACUUUCGCGUUUGCCGACUCUGCAUGCACUCCGUGCCGUGUCCACAUCACAAGAAAUCCAUCCCACGUCGCUAAAUGGCUGCCGACGCCAUCAAAGCAAAUCCACUCCAUUUCAAGGGCCUCACUUCUCGUGCUAAGACGGCCAUUCGGCCCCCACGUGCAUUGGGGCUUUCACCAGAUACUUGCGGUUGUAACUUGCGGACACGUGCCAGAUGGAACAUUGCCGACAUGUUGAGCUUCGGCUCCUUUUAUAAACAUUGUCCACUACUGCUGUAACGCGUCUUAAAAUAAUGUCCUGCAGUUCACGGGUGAUGGGUGAUUUAAAGGCAAAAAAGUCAUCCACUUUGAUGGUAGACCAUUUAUGGUUGCACGGUUUAAAAAAAAGUGCAAGGUGUGCGUGGGGAAAGUAGCCAGUGGUUUGAAAAUAAAAAGGUUGAAGAUAAUUUCCUGCUUGCAAAUCCUGAAGACCGCGUUAUUUUCCUUAAUGUGCAACAAGCCAAAUAUUAAAAUAAAGUAGCUAGCAAAACUGCUAUAUCUGUACAAUACACACAUUACCGCGAUUGCAGAACGAGUUAAAUUGCACCAUUUGAGUUAAAUUACAUUUCAAAACUGGCAGCGUUCAGUUUCUUAACUUUACAAGUCCUUUUAAUUUACAUGACUGACAUUUAAGGUUCAACAGGGCAGCCAAUGGAGGUGUUACCGGCUUCUUAAAGCCAUGGGUUGCAGGCGUUGGGAAACUACAAAGUCCCUACAUGUUACGGGAAAAUUGCGGCUUUUAAAUCAGCUCAAGCACCUAUCCCCUGUAACAGGUACCCCCAGGAUGCCGUUUUUGCUGAUCACGUGUCCUGUUUCCCCACACAAGGGGGGGGGGGGUGAUAACUGCCAUGUUGUGCGACUUGUUCUGUAUGACAUGCAAAGUGAAAAAAGUGAAAGCUUUCCGUUGUCAAGUGUACCACCGUUGUAAUGCUGAAAAAUGUCGACUUAAAAAAACAA